UGCAUUCGGUUAUGGGGCAAGGAACCACCCCUCUGGUGCUUCCACCUUCUGGCACAGCUGGCCAGCCCAGCCCCCUCCCUGAAGCCAACAGGAACCCACCGUGGGCCCCUGUCGACCCAAGAAAAUCCCUAGACUCUAAAGAGAACUGCUUCUGAGGCAGGAUUCCUGCUGGUGCCCCUCGUUACUCACAGUGCCCCCUUGAGGUUCUAAGGAGUAGAGGCACCCACUCCCCUCCUGCACCACCUCCCCUGCCUCUGGUGUGCAGUCCUCCUCCCCCUCAGAGUUUGUCCCCUGAGCUCAAGGCCCUAUCAUGUGCUCCUGCCCUGCCCACUCAACCAUCACAGAGGUGGGGUGGGGGACUUCUCAUUCUCUACCUGGGGCCCUUUUUGCUGAGCCAGAAUGGAGCGGACACGGAGUGGAGCAGGAUGCACUGGGUUCUGCCAUUUAGCGCGUUUGGUGGGUGCGAGUAGGUGUGGUCCUGCUCAAUCCACAGCUGGGCGUCCGGUGGUCUCCUUAGUGCCGCGGCCGGCGCAGAGCCAAGACCCUGAAGCUCUGGGACAGGUGGCUGGCAAUGCCAGGCGUUGGCUCUCUGCCCGGCCCCCGCCCCAGGCGCGGGAUCAGCCGUGGGACAAGAACUGCCAGUGAUCGGGCCGGACAGUUAACAUUUGUGUAGGAGCCAAAAGGACUAGCUUCUGGGACGCCCGGGCUCCAAGGACGCACAGACAGUAGGGCCUCCACCUUGGGUUCUGGAGCUGCCCCCAUGCGGGGCUCCUCUUUUAUCUCGCGGCCUCCGCCGCUACUGUCCCUGCUGCUGUGGCUGUUGCUGCUACCGCCACCGCCGAUGCGGCCAAUCUGGGCCCAAGUGUCCACUGGGGCCGCCACCCGCGGGACCCCGGACGCUCCCGACUGCCCCAAGGCGUGCGCCUGCGCGCCCGGCGGCCAGGCCAACUGCUCAGCACUCGUGCUAGUCGCGGUGCCGGCGGGCCUGAGCCGGCGCGUGCGCACGCUGCUGUUGGAUCACAACCGCGUGCGUGUGCUGCCUCCGGGAGCCUUCGCGGGCGCGGGCGCUCUGCUGUACCUGGACCUGCGCGAGAACGGGCUGCGCUCGGUGCACGCACGGGCUUUCUGGGGCCUGAGUGUGCUGCAGCGGCUGGACCUGAGCGACAAUCAGCUGGAAGCGCUGGCGCCCGGCACCUUCGCGCCGUUACGGGCGCUGCGUUCCCUCUCGCUGGCCGACAACCGGUUAGCGCUCCUGGAGCCAUCAGCGCUGGGCGCGCUCCCUCUGCUGCGCGCACUCAGCCUGCAGGACAACGCGCUUACAGCGAUCUCGCAUGACCUGCUGGCCGGCCUGCCAGCCCUUGACGCGUUGCGCCUGCGCGGUAAUCCGUGGGCCUGCGGGUGCGCGCUGCGCUCGCUCUGCGCCUGGCUUCGUCAGCACCCACGGCCGGCGUCAGAAGCCGAAACCCUGCUUUGCGUAUCACCAGGACGCCAGACGCUCAGCCCCCUGACCGCCUUUCCCGAAGCCGCCUUCAGACACUGCGCGCAGCCACUAGCAGCGCGGGACCUGGCGGUGGUCUACGCACUUGGCCCUGUCUCCUUCCUCGCCAGCCUGGCCACCUGCCUGGCACUGGGCUCCGUGCUCACCGCCUGCCGUGCACGCCGCCGCCGCCUCUGCCGUACCGCCGCCCGCCGCCCGCCUGGGAGACCGCCGGAUCCCGCCCCCGACGGCACUGCCUCCCCCGAAAACCCUGUGAGCCCCACCGCCGCAUCUGCCCAAGCCUGAGGGCGCAGCUGUUGCCCCAGGCGCUCCCACACUGCCCGGAGCCCUCGAAACUGCCCAACCCCGUGUCCUUCCUUCACACCCUGCUGGCGACAAACAAGCGACACAGACCGAAA